CUCAAUCCAAUUUAGAGUUCUGAAAGAUAGAAAAAACAUGGAAGGUUUAGAUUUGGUCUUCUUGUCUGAUCAAACCACACACCAACCGGUUCGAUCUGUGAGUCUUCCUUCAAGAAUCCAUCCACUCUCUGUUAAGAUCAGAGCAGCCUUGAACCGGCUCAUUAUCUGGCGGAGAUGUUCUUCCUCAAUCUCGGUUUCCGCUUCGUUUGGGUACGAGACGGUUCUCGUUGGACUCGUGGACCUCACUGAGCUCUACAGUUGCGUCCAUGAGCUACUUGAGUCUCCUUACGUGAAACACACUCUUCUUCGUCACCAGAAAGGGAAACUUCUGGAAGAUUCUUUAGAUGGAUCUGUUCUGUUGCUCGACGUGUAUGAGGGCACAAGGGAGGUGAUUGUAGCGAUGAGAGAACACGUGACGAAUCUCAAAUCUGCUCUUCGUAGGAAAGGAAGCGUAGAGAAGGAGGCGAAAGCAUACGUUAACUUGCGGAAGAAGGCAAAGAAAGAAAUCUCUAAACAGAUCAAUGCACUCAAGAAAAUGGAAACUAGAGAUAUUUCCACCAACAUAGAUCACGAUUCAACGAUAGCAUCCACGAGUGUUCUGAGAGAGACAAUUGAAUUCACUGUCUCGAUUUUCAGACAUCUUUUGUUGUUCCUAUCAACAAUACCACCACCACCAUCUCCAACGAAAAAAAUCAAGACCACCAUUGGGUUUUUGCCUUUUCCUUUCGUAUCGUCGUCAUUAUCAGAUAAAUCUCUGAAUCUGAUAAAAGAAAUGAAGAGUCUUGAUGAAGUUUUUCUGGGUUCUAUUUUGGAUCCGAGUAAAACCAUUUUCGAAGUCGAGACAAGGCAGAAGGAGAAGAUGAGGAGAGAUGUAGUUGAAGAUGGUUUUCGUGAUCUGGAGGCAGAACUGGACUCUGUUUCCAAGUCUUUAGUUAAAAACAGAGUUUUGUUCCUUAACAUCCUCAGUAACUGUUACUACUGAGAUUUUUGUUAACAGAUGUAAAUCUUUUUUCCUCAAAUUAUCUGAGAGCCUAAGGAGGAGGAGGAGGAGACAAGAAUAUGUAUUUGUGCAACAGUUCAAGUUGACUAAAUCAGUGGCCAUCUU